AACAGCUUUUUCUGAAGAAACCUCACUUGAGAAAAAGAAGACGCAGCGAUGAGUCUCUCUGAUAAGGACAAGGCUGUUGUUAAGGCCAUCUGGGCUAAGAUCAGCCCCAAGGCCGAUGAAAUUGGUGCUGAAGCCCUCGCCAGAAUGCUGACCGUCUAUCCUCAGACCAAGACCUACUUCUCUCACUGGUCUGACUUGAGCCCUGGGUCUGGUCCCGUGAAGAAGCACGGAAAGACUAUCAUGGGUGCCGUCGGCGAAGCUAUUUCAAAAAUAGACGACCUUGUGGGAGGACUGGCCGCCCUGAGCGAACUUCAUGCCUUCAAGCUGCGUGUUGACCCGGCCAACUUCAAGAUCCUGUCACACAAUGUCAUUGUGGUCAUCGCCAUGCUCUUCCCUGCAGACUUCACCCCUGAAGUUCACGUGUCAGUCGACAAGUUCUUUAAUAACUUGGCCCUGGCUCUCUCUGAGAAGUACCGCUAAACCUCAAGUGGAUAUUCACUGACAACAACACUGUGCGGCACUCUUAACAACUCAUGCAUGAUGUCUGAAUGAAAUUUCUCAAUAAAAGGCACAGAACUAAAUGAG